UGUGCAGGCUUGAAUGGUUCUCUGUGUCCUGCUCUGAGAUCUGCUGUUGGGUGCAUUGAGGGGACCUCAGGAAGCUCUGAGAUUUAGACAUGGAUGCAGUGACUUUUGAUGAUGUGCAUGUGAACUUCACUAAAGAAGAAUGGAAUUUGCUGGAUCCUUCCCAGAUGAAUCUCUACAAAGAUGUGAUGUUGGACACCUACCGGAACCUUACUUCUAUAGGCUACAAAUGGGAAGACCAUCAUAUUGAAGAACCAUGUCAAAGUUCUCAAAGACAUACAAGUAGUCUCAGGUAUCACAAAAAAAACCAUACUGGAGAGAAACCUUAUGAAUGUAAUCAAUGUGGUAAAGCCUUUUCAUGUCACAAUAGUCUCAGAUAUCAUAAAAGAAACCAUACUGGAGAGAAACCUUAUGAAUGUAAUCAAUGUGGUAAAGCCUUUGCAAGACCUGCUUAUCUCCAACAUCAUAAAAGAACCCAUACUGGAGAGAAACCUUAUGAAUGUAAUCAAUGUGGUAAAGCCUUUUCCUGUCACAAUAGUCUCACAUAUCAUAAAAGAACCCAUACUGGAGAAAAACCUUAUAAAUGUAAUCAAUGUGGUAAAGCGUUUGCAAGACCUGCUUAUCUCCAACAUCAUAAAAGAACCCAUACUGGAGAGAAACCUUAUAAAUGUAAUCAGUGUGGUAAAGCCUUUGCAAGACCCGCUCAUCUCCACCGUCAUAAAAGAACCCAUACUGGAGAGAAACCUUAUGAAUGUAAUCAAUGUGGUAAAGCCUUUUCCUGUCACAAUAGUCUCAUAUAUCAUAAAAGAACCCAUACUGGAGAGAAGCCUUAUGAAUGUAAUCAAUGUGGUAAAGCCUUUGCAAGACCCGCUCAUCUCCACCGUCAUAAAAGAACCCAUACUGGAGAAAAACCUUAUGAAUGUAAUCAAUGUGGUAAAGCCUUUUCCUGUCACAGUGGUCUCAGAUAUCAUAAAAGUACCCAUACUGGAGAAAAACCUUAUGAAUGUAAUCAAUGUGGUAAAGCCUUUGCUACAUCCAGUCAUCUCCAAUAUCAUAAAAGAACCCAUACUGGAGAGAAACCUUAUGAAUGUAAUCAGUGUGGUAAAGCCCUUGCUACAUCCACUCAUCUCCAAUGUCAUAAAAGAACCCAUACUGGAGAGUAAUCUUAGGAUAAUUAUCAAUGUGGA